AUGAAAAAGAAAGAGCAUGCUGACAAGGUUAAGAAGGCUGAGGAAAGGGGUGCCUCUUCCUCCUCAAACUUAUUAUGGCAAGUUCAAAAGAAAAGAGAUGAAUUGAGGGCUUUUCAGCUUGCUAACCUCGAUGCUACUACUUCUGACAACCUCAUUUUUAAUGAGCUAAGGACAGAGGAUGAAUUAAGGGCCCUUGAGCAAAUGGAGCUCAUUUUCUAUAAACAAAAAGCGAAGGCUGAUUGGAUCAAAGAGGGGGAUCAGAGUACUCGCUUCUUUCAUGCCAUGGUGGCUAGCAAAAGGUUGAGCAGCACCAUUCGAGUCCUUUAUGAUCAUGAAUGA